UCUCUCUCUCUCUCUCUCUCUCUCCCUCUGUCUCCAAGAUGCUGAUGCUUUUUCUCUGAUUAAUUCCAAAAAAUUAAUCGAUUAAUCAAAUCUAAAGGUGGCGGAAUCGUGUUGAUUAAUAUAAACAACAUGGAGAGUACGGAUUCAUCAUCGGGUUCAAAACAACCGCAGUUACCGCCGGGCUUCCGCUUCCACCCUACCGACGAAGAGUUGGUGGUUCAUUACCUCAAGAAAAAAGCAGCCUCCGCCCCUCUUCCCGUCGCCAUCAUCGCCGAAGUGGACCUCUACAAGUUUGAUCCAUGGGAGCUUCCAGCUAAGGCGACGUUUGGGGAGCAAGAAUGGUAUUUCUUUAGUCCGAGAGAUCGGAAAUAUCCAAACGGAGCUCGGCCGAACAGGGCUGCAACAUCAGGAUACUGGAAAGCUACCGGAACUGAUAAACCGGUGUUGACGUCCGGUGGGACUCAAAAAGUUGGUGUAAAGAAAGCACUUGUUUUCUAUGGAGGGAAGCCACCAAAAGGGACGAAAACGAAUUGGAUCAUGCAUGAGUAUCGUCUUGCUGACAAUAAAACGAUCUCCAAACCACCAGGAUGUGAUCCCACCAAUAAAAAAGCUUCCUUGAGGUUGGAUGAUUGGGUUUUAUGUCGAAUCUACAAGAAGAACAAUAUGCAGAGACCAGUUGAUAGCGAUGGUGGCGAUCACACCAUGACCGGGAUGCUGGCAUCUAUACCGCCGUCAGUAUCACUUGGUACCAGUAGACCGACAUCAGCGUAUAAUGCAAUGCUCGAGAAUCAUGAACACAACAUUGUAUUCGAUACUAUGCUAACCUCAAAUGACAACAACCUUAACGUUAACGUCAAUCUUCUUCCGAUCAAAAGAUCUCUCCCUGGUUUGUUCUGGAAUGAAGAAGGUCCUACGACUACGAGUAACUCUCCCUACACCAAGAGGUUUCUUGCAGAGAGCAACACUGACGCCGGCGUUAUGGCGACAAGAACCACCGAUGAGAACGGCGGUUCGAUCGCUAGUCUCCUCAGCCACUUACCCCAAACCACACAAAUUCACCACCAGCAACCCAUGUUAGGCUCCAUCGGAGAUGGCGUUUAUCGACAAUCUUACCAGUUACCUAGCGUCAACUGGUACUCGUAAAUCAGUUUUGGGAUGUGGGUAUGAAUGAAAACACUAAAUUAUACAUGUUAAUCGUG